AUGAGUGAAGAUUCACAAACCUCCAUGACUACAUCGACAGCAGCACCAACUCCACCACCGAAUUGGGACCCAUCUUCAUCAGAUGAAGAAUCACCUUCAUCUUCCUCGUUAACAUUCGACCGGGACCGCCACGUGGCCUUCUUGGAGAUGAUGUACCAUAUUUUACCUUACCAAUACCAAACACAGGAGAUCAACCAUCUCACUCUCGUCUACUUCGUUAUCUCUGGCCUCGACAUCCUCCGUUCCCUUGAUCGCGUUGACAAGGAUGCGGUGGCUGCUUGGGUUUUAUCUUUGCAAGCUAAUCCCGGAGAUGAAGCUGAAUUGAACAAUGGACAAUUCUAUGGGUUCCAUGGUUCCCUAUCUUCUCAAUUUCCUUCGCACAAUAAUGGGAUUUUGAUUCACAAUCACAGCCAUUUGGCAAGCACUUACUGCGCCCUAUCCAUAUUGAAAACUGUUGGCUAUAAUUUGUCAAAUAUCGACUCCAAAUUGAUAUCCAUGUCAAUAAGGAACCUUCAGCAACCUGAUGGGAGUUUUCUGCCUAUCCAUAUUGGGGCAGAGACAGAUCUGAGAUUUGUAUAUUGUGCUGCGGCCAUCUGUUUUAUGUUGGAGGACUGGAGUGGCAUGGAUAGGGAGAAAACCAAGGAAUACGUCUUAAAAUGCCAGUCAUAUGAUGGUGGCUUUGGGAUGAUUCCUGGUGCAGAAUCUCAUGGUGGUGGAACGUACUGUGCAGUUGCUUCUCUUCGUCUGAUGGGAUUUAUUGAAGAUGAUGUCCUGUCAAAAAGUGCAGCAUCUUCCAUAAUUGAUAUUCCAUUGUUGCUGGAAUGGUGCUUACAGAGGCAAGCAGCUGACGGUGGAUUCCAAGGGAGGGCUAACAAGCCUAGUGACACAUGUUAUGCAUUUUGGGUUGGGGCAGUUUUGAGGAUCUUGGGAGGAUCCAAGUUGAUUGAUGGGAAAGCUUUGCGUAGAUUUUUGCUCUCUUGUCAAUACCAGGCGAUGAUAUUACUAUUGGAUUCUAAUGUUCUUUUGCUUAUAUUGUUCCGGGACCAGUAUGGUGGCUUCAGUAAAUUCCCAGAUGAGCUACCAGAUCUAUACCAUUGCUACUACGGAUACACAGCAUUCAGCCUUUUGGAAGAACCUGGCCUCAAUGCACUCUCUGUUGAGCUUGGAAUGACAUGUUUUGCUGCCCUAGGAAUCUGA